GCCUAGCGUCAGGAGACAGUGUGAGACCAGAUUAGUAUAUGACAAGGUCAGGGGUAAGUCUGUCCAGAUAUGAGUGGCCAGACAGGCUCUUUCUUCAAACAAGCCACCAGCCUUCAUUUCUGGGGGGCCUUGGCUAUUUGGCCUGCUGCCCCUACUGCCCAAGUGGGGAAACUGAGGCCAGAGAGGGCUGACCUUCCGCCCUCCACUUCCCCUCAGCGAGUCUUCCCUCCCAACCUCUAUCCUUCAUUCUUUCCCAAUUCUAACACGCCCCUCCCCAAAGAGCAACCGAGGCCCCGCCCCAAAUCGUGCAAUUGAGACUUGCGAGCACCCGCCCAAGGUGUUAUGCAAAUAAGGCUCCUAGAGGCCCCGCCCCUCGCCUCGCCUCGGAGUCUGCGCGGCGCGGCGCGGAGCUGGGUGGACAGCAUCUCCAUCUGUGCCUUCUCCGCCCGCCUGCCAAGCCAGCCAUCCGUCUGUUGGUCCCGCCGCGCCGGUGACGUCUAGGCGGAGCCGGGGCUCAGGCGGCAGCAGUCCCGACCGGAGCAAGCCUUGUGGAUUGAGCCCUGGACCCAGAGUGCCUGCCCUCAUCUGCCUGGGCCUCAGUUUCCACAUCUGUGCAAUGGGGGUGACCAUCCCUGCCCUGCUGACCACAAGGAGAAGCUGUGAGUCCGUGGGUGUGGCAGCAGCCUGUGGGAAGCCAUAGGGCCCUUUCACAGGCCUGGGCAUUCACCAUGGCUGGAGGGAGACCUCAGCUGAAGAGGAGUUUCUCCAUCAUUCCCUGCUUUGUCUUCGUGGAGUCAGUGCUGCUGGGUGUGGUGGUCCUGCUUGCUUACCGUUUGGAGUUCACGGACACCUUCCCUGUGCACACGCAGGGCUUCUUCUGCUAUGACAGUACUUACGCCAAGCCCUACCCGGGGCCCGAGGCUGCCAGCCGAGUGCCUCCUGCACUUAUCUAUGCCCUGGUCACUGCUGGGCCCAUCCUCACGAUCCUGCUGGGGGAGUUGGCCCGUGCCUUUUUCCCGGCACCACCCUCAGCCAUCCCCAUCAUCGGGGAGAGCACCAUCGUGUCUGGGGCCUGCUGCCGCUUCAGUCCCCCACUGAGGAGGCUGGUUCGCUUCCUGGGGGUCUACUCCUUCGGCCUCUUCACCACAACUAUCUUCGCCAACGCAGGGCAGGUAGUGACCGGCAACCCCACGCCGCACUUCCUGUCCGUGUGCCGCCCCAACUACACGGCCCUGGGCUGCCCACCACCCUCACCGGACCGGCCAGGGCCCGACCGCUUUGUCACUGACCAGGGUGCCUGCGCCGGCAGCCCCAGUCUGGUGGCUGCUGCACGCCGCGCCUUCCCCUGCAAGGACGCCGCCCUUUGUGCCUAUGCGGUCACCUACACGGCGAUGUACGUGACACUGGUGUUCCGCGUGAAGGGCUCCCGCUUGGUCAAACCUUCACUCUGCCUGGCCCUGCUGUGCCCCGCCUUCCUGGUGGGCGUGGUCCGCGUGGCCGAGUACCGCAACCACUGGUCUGACGUGCUGGCCGGCUUUCUGACUGGGGCAGCUAUUGCCACUUUCCUGGUCACCUGCGUUGUACACAACUUUCAGAGCCGGCCGCCUUCCAGCCGAAGGCUCUCCCCCUGGGAGGACCUGGGCCAAGCCCCCACCGUGGACAGCGCCCUCGAAAAGUUAAGUGUGGCCCAGGAACCCGAGGCCUGCAGGCCGCAUUCGACACCGGCACGGCUCACCCCAUCCAAGCCGCAGAACUGCACCCGCCGUGGCCACCUGAUCCCCAGCUGCGUGUCCUCCAGGGCUCCAGCCAUGUGUUCAUCGCCCCGUGUGCCCCGCCCUCGACUGAGGUCUGAGCCAACGCCUCUGCCGCUGCCCCUGCCCCUGCCAGCACCGACCCCCAGCCAAGGUCCCUCACCCUCCUCCCCUGGGCCUGGAGGGCCAGGUGGAGGUGGUGGACGUGGCCGGAAGCUGCUGCUGCCCACGCCCCUACUUCGGGACCUGUACACCCUUAGCGGACUCUAUCCCUCCCCUUUCCAUCGGGACAACUUCAGCCCUUACCUGUUUGCUAGCCGCGACCACCUGCUGUGAGGCCCAACCACCCAUCCAAAAUCUGCCCAGUCUCCAUUUUUUCCCUGCUCUGUGUGUGUGUGUGUGUGUGUGUGUGUAUGUGUUGUAUGCAUGUGUCGUGUGAGUGCCAAAGCCCCAUCCCCAAACCAGCCAGGCCCAGACAUCAGAGGCUGGCUGGAAAGACAUUUGGGGGAUCCCCUGCUUCUCUUGCCCUCUGGGACAUCCAAGUGGGCACAACUGAGAGGUGGGCCAUUGCCCCCUAGGAUUGCCCUUUUAAGGUUCAAAUCAUGACCCCACUGGCCAUUGCCUAGCCAAUGGGAGCCUCCAGUUCUCUGAAUUCCAACCAAAAGGAGUUUACUCCAGCCAAUGGGAGUCUCCCCUUUACGUCUUAGAAUCCUCAGGCAAGAGGGCAAUUCCAGCCAGUGUUCACAACCAAUAGGAGUCCUUGGUUUUCAGAAUUUGUAGG